UUGUUACGAUUGGUACGAAAUGACGUUUGCUGGAGCCAUCUUUUCUCACUUCCGUCGCCAUUCUUUUCCGUUCAUGGUGCAAACAUGACGGGUUUUAGUGAAAAGGCCAUUUUGAUCGAUGGCAGAGGCCAUUUACUCGGUCGAUUAGCCACAGUUGUAGCAAAAACACUUUUGCAAGGCAACAAGGUUAUAGUGGUGAGAUGUGAACAAUUAAACAUCUCAGGAAAUUUCUACAGAAACAAGUUAAAAUACUUAUCGUUUCUACGCAAACGCUGCAAUGUGAAUCCAGCCCGUGGCCCAUUCCACUUUAGGGCCCCAUCCAGGAUUUUCUGGAAGACAGUGAGAGGCAUGUUGCCCCACAAGACUGAACGUGGAAAGCAGGCUUUGAGGCGACUGAAGACCUACGAAGGUGUACCACCACCAUAUGACCGUAGAAAGAGAGUUGUAGUUCCAGGUGCCCUUAGAGUAAUCUGUUUGAAACCUGGCCGCAAGUUCUGUCACGUGGGACGGUUGUCCCAUGAAGUAGGAUGGAAGUACCAAUCGGUGGUCCGUGCGCUGGAGUCUAAGCGCAAAGUCAAGGCUGUCCUUACCAUCCGCAAACGUGACAAGCUGAAGAAACUUACAAAAGAGGCCUCAGCUAAAGUCACCAAACAGGUGGCACCGUUCACAGCUGUCAUUAACUCUUAUGGUUAUAAUUAAGGACAUUUAUUAAAAAAAUAACUUGACAGAA